AUGAUGCUGCUGUUUGCAGUCAUUGGUCUCCUCUCCUCGGCCUCGGGCUCUGUUUUCAGCUCCCAAAGCAACUCCGAGAAUGGAGUUCUUGCCUGUGAAUUCGACACAGAUUGUACCUUUGCCUAUCUUGGAGACAAGAGUUUGGGAGGUGAGGGAACACUGAAACAGCGAGCUGAGGACAUUAUCAUGCUUACCAGGACCACAAUUGUCUACGUCACAGAAAGCAAGAGCACUUCCCACUCGCCAACAGGAAGCUUCAAGGUGGUUACCACACCAGCAUCGAACACCCCCUUGGUAUGCAAUCAGGACAAUUGCCUUCGUCAACUUAUUCAAGAGUCUCCUACUGCUGCCUCCUUCUGUGUCACAUACACCAAGUUAGUCUCUACAGUGACCACAGGUCUGCCAGACAUUGUCUCUCAAUGCAAGUACGACCCCACUCGAGUCUCGUCUGCUUGUUCGUGCCUGGCCACCAUGACUUUCUCUUCGACAAUACCAUCGGUCACUCACACAAGCCAAAUGUCGACGAGCCAGAGUUCAAGUCAUGUCUCUGAGGAUACAUGCACGACAAGCAAAAAGACUUCAGCGCCAUCUCGCCUAAGUACAUCUUACGUUUCUAACAAGACAAGUUGGAAAAGCACAAAGGCGGCUACAUCAUCGACUGCUGACAAGACCACCACCGGUACAUUCACAUCCUCUUCAUUGGUCUCCACCUACUCAAUCUUCUCAACCUCAAUCUCGAUUCCAGAGCGUACUUCAAGUACAGCAAGCUCAACCGUCUCAAAAGAGACAAUCUCGUUGUCCUCGUUACCAUCCAGCUUGGCUGCGUCUAGCACAGCAUCCAUCAAGACGGUAUCGACUUCCUCCGAUUCCGUUUCCACCACUUCCACAUUAGCAGCUCCAGUAGUUUCAACAUGGGUGACACUCCCACCAUCUGAUGCCAUGAUAGCUUGUGCAGCAUCGACAGAGUGUACCAGUGCCGGGAGUCUCUGGGAUGGUUGUCUCACCCUCGAGAAUGGAUUAGAUGUCUGGGAUUGUUUGUGUACUGCCAACCACGACGAGUGGUUUGAGACGGUGGCAGCUUGCACCGCCUGUGUCAUGGCUGCUCUACCACCUACGAUAAACGGUUCCUCGACACAAUGGAUGACCAACCCUGCCACAGGUGUACCAUAUGUCCAGACCCUUUACUGCAAUAUUACCGAUCCAACGGUGAAGACAAGAUACAAGUCAUUUCAACUGGGACAACUCAUCGCACAGACUUUCGAAUCUCCUAUUGAGUUCUUCAAUAUGACACUUGUGGAUCAGCCUAUCGUUCUGGGCCAAAUGGAUCCACCAGCCAUUUCGGUCAGCCUCAGUGCAGCCAACAGUGCGACCAUCAGCUUGCCCACAUCUUCCUCUUCUUCUCAAGCCAGUUUUUCGAAUACAUCUCCAACUACGACGAUCCAGUCAGUGGCCUUAUCGAGUUCAACAUCCUCUGGUAUCAAAUUGCAGACCACGGUGCAAGUCUCGUCCUCACAAGUUACCGCUUCGUCAACUGCACCAAGCCAAACUGCACAGCCAGAGUCGGCAUUCCCCAUCUCGCCCCAAAUGGAGGCUUGCGAAUUCUCAAAGACCAGCUGUGAACAAGCAUCCAUGCUCUUCCAAGAGUGUGUCCACAACGAGGAUUUGCCAGCCAACGUCACAGCCUGGAAUUGUCUCUGCAACACCAAUUUCGAACAAUGGAACUCAACUCUCAUGGAGUGCUCAGAAUGUAUCUCCAAGGCUCUUCCUCCAAACAUUACCAACGCACAUUGGAACGCUUCUCAGGUCCCGAUGUACAUCGGCUUGACGAUCCAAUCAUACUGCACGUUGCCAGUGGAUCAGCGAGCUGGCAGUGUAUCAGUCAUGAUGCGUGCUGGGAGAGUGCUUACGAGUGCAUUCCAAUCGCCAAUUCUUUGGUUCAAUAUGACUGCCAUUCCAGCGCCACUCGAAUUUCCUUCCGGGAAUGCCCCGAGUUGA